CCCAGAAUGACGCACCAGUUCCCGGCGCUCUCCGAGGCUCAGAAGAGGGAGCUCCAUGAGACUGCUUUACGCAUCAUUUCUCCAGGGAAGGGCAUCCUGGCUGCAGAUGAGUCUGUAGGCAGCAUGGCUAAGAGGCUGUCCCAAGUUGGAGUAGAAAACACGGAGGAAAACCGCAGGCAGUACCGUCAGAUCCUCUUCAGUGCAGAUGAUCGCAUCAACGGCUGCAUCGGAGGCGUCAUCUUCUUCCACGAGACUCUGUACCAGCACUCCAAUAAAGGUGUCUCCUUCGUUAAAAUGAUCCGGGACAAGGGCAUCCUGAUUGGCAUCAAGGUUGAUAAAGGUGUGGUUCCCCUGGCAGGAACAUGUGGAGAAACAACCACACAGGGUUUGGACGGACUGUCAGAGCGAUGUGCGCAGUAUAAAAAGGAUGGAGCCGUGUUCGCAAAGUGGCGCUGCGUGCUCAAAAUCAGUGACUCCAACCCAUCGAAGCUUGCAAUCACGGAAAAUGCAAAUGUUCUUGCACGCUACUCAAGCAUCUGCCAGCAGCAUGGUAUUGUGCCAAUUAUUGAGCCAGAGGUCCUGCCUGAUGGUGAUCAUGACCUGAAACGCUGCCAGUACGUCACAGAGAAGGUCUUAGCUGCAGUGUACAAGGCCAUGUCAGACCACCACGUGUACCUGGAGGGUUCUCUCCUCAAGCCCAACAUGGUCACUCCUGGACACAGCUGCUCCACCAAGUACAGCCCUGAGGAGGUCGCUAUGGCUACCCUCACUGCCAUCCGCCGCACCGUUCCCCCGGCGGUCCCAGGAAUUGCUUUCCUCUCCGGAGGUCAGAGCGAAGAGGAGGCCUCUGUCCACCUCAACGCCAUCAACAACUGCCCUUUGCUCAAACCCUGGAUCCUGACGUUCUCCUUUGGCCGGGCCCUGCAGGCGUCCGCUCUCAGAGCUUGGAGGGGACACAAAGAAAACGAGAAAUCUGCCACUGAGCAGUUCAUCAAGAGAGCAGAGGUCAACAGUCUGGCCUGUCAGGGGAAAUACACCGGCGGCGAGAACUACGGCGAGGAUGGCCACCGCACCUACGGUUCCUGCCACGCAUACUGAAAACUUUACCCUCCCAGCUAGCUUUAACAAGAUAAGCCACCCAUUAUGGAAGUAAACAUGUCCUAGCAACGCAUAUUUACUUCCAUAACCGAUGA